GCCCUGUUCGCUAUAUUUGCCGCCGCCAGCUCCACGACACGCAAUCCCUUGCGCGCCUUAUCCACUGUACAAAAUGCUACCAUUGACACACAUACACAUCGGGUGACGGCCCUGCACCAUUUCGACUUGACCUUUAUACUGCGUCCGGAUCUGCAUGUCAGACUAUCUCUAGAGCCCAAUCAUGAGCUCCUUCCCAACUCUGGCCUGGUGGUCUCAUAUCUGAACGCCGACGGGACCGUCUCACGGACCGAGGACGUGGAUCGCCUGGCUCACAAGGUCUUUCGAGGAAGCGCUUGGUAUCGCCAAGAGAACGUGGACGAUGAAUGGAUAAGAGCAGGAUGGGCAAGAAUCACUAUUGUUAGGGAUGGUCUGCAACCUCUGUUCCAAGGCGCCUUUGCCCUGAACCAUGACAACCACCACGUCCAACUCGCUCCUCAUUUCGCCCACACGCGCCACGACUUUGACCCUCAUGUCGACACUGCAGAUGAAGAUAGCAUGGUCGUCUACCGCGACUCGGACAUUCUAUUGGAUCAAGAUGUCGACUAUCAUAUGCAAGAGUUGAAGAGAAGCCUGGAUUACGAGCAUGGCCUCACCUGCCAAUCGGACAGUCUGGGUUUCAACAGCCAACCAGACCACCCCGUAUAUUCCGCUAUGCUCCGUCGAUCCGACUCGAUCUUGGGCAGCGAGACUCUAGGAAAUCUCUUUGGCAAGCGCCAGGUUGACAGCAGUACUGCUGGCAACUCAGCAGGUGUAGACCUCAGAUCGACCAUUGGCCAGACUGCCGGCUGCCCCACUACCAGACAAGUAGCUCUUGUUGGAGUGGCCACUGACUGUACCUACACUGCCCAAUUCAACUCGAGCGAGUCUGUUCGCAUGAACGUCAUCGAUCAGAUGAACACAGCCUCCAGCAUAUACGAACAAUCCUUCAACAUUUCACUCGGUCUGGCGAAUCUGACCAUCUCGGACUCGAACUGUCCGGGAACUCCUAAUCCUGCUAGUGCUUGGAAUCAAGCAUGCAGCGACAGUGUUGAUAUUCAAGACCGUCUCAAUCUAUUCAGUGCUUGGAGAGGCAACCAGCGAGACAGCAACAGCCACUGGACACUGCUGAGCACCUGCAAUACUGGAAGCGCAGUAGGUCUUGCAUGGCUUGGUCAGGCAUGCGUUCAGUCUGCCUACUCGACCAAUAGUAGCACUACCGGUAACGGACAAUCAUCUACCAGCGGCGCAGAGACUGUGACUGGUGCCAAUGUCGUCGUUAGAACUAGGGGAGCCUCCGAGUGGCAGAUCAUUGCGCACGAGACUGGUCACACUUUCGGUGCUGUUCAUGACUGCACUUCGGAGACUUGUGCUCAAAGUACAACGGUCGCCAGUCAACAAUGUUGUCCUCUUAGUAGCUCUACUUGCAGCGCAGGCGAGGGGUACAUUAUGAACCCGUCGACAAGUUCUGGCGUGAGAACCUUCAGUCCUUGCAGUGUUGGAAACAUCUGUAGUGCGCUUGGACGCAACAGCGUCAAGUCUACCUGCCUUACCGCCAACAGGAACAUCAAGACUAUCGGGACACAGGAAUGUGGCAAUGGCAUUGUUGAAGAAGGUGAAGAUUGUGAUUGUGGUGGUGAAGCUGGAUGCGGAGGCAACUCGUGCUGCAACCCUACCACAUGCAAGUUCAUGAACAAUGCCGUGUGCGACGACAGUAACGAGGGUUGCUGCAACAAUUGCCAAUUUGCGUCCAACGGCACUGUCUGUCGCGCCUCGACUGGAUCCUGCGACCCGGCCGAAACAUGCCCUGGAACGUCGGGCACCUGUCCACAAGAUGCGAGUGCGCCGGAUGGACAAAGCUGCGGCAACAGUCUUCAAUGUGCCAGUGGACAAUGUACGAGUCGUGAUCAGCAGUGCAGGAGUGUCAUGGGUGGCUACCAAGGAGUCGGAAACAACACAUCUGCUUGUGAUAGCUCGACCUGUCAGAUUCGAUGCUCAAGUGGCAGGUCUUCAGCUUUCGGAAACAAUGUCUGUUUUGAAGUCCAACAAAACUUCCUGGACGGUACUUCUUGCGCCGGCGGUGGCAGAUGUGACAAUGGACGUUGUAGAGGCACUAACACUGGUGGAGAGAUCAAAUCCUGGAUCGAUGACCACAAGGGGAUUGUGAUUGGUGUGUGUGUCGGAGUAGGAGGCCUCCUAUUGUUUGCCAUUCUUGGGUGCUGCGUUCGUGCCUGUCGCAGGCGU